AUGACGUCGUCGUCGCUGUCCCGCACCGAGUCGCUCAGUCUGCUCACCCUCUCGGCCGCCUGCGUCGCUAUCCUCUGCAAUGUCUUUGAGGGCGAUGACAAGCCGCUCAUCGUGUCGCUGGCCCUCAGUGGGCUGGCAUUCUGCGCUACUUUUGCCCUCAUCCGCUGGCUCGGCCCGACCUUCAUCAAGGCCGGCUUCAAAGGCGUCGACCUGAGCAAGCACAACCGCCGAGAGAUCCCCGAGUGCAUGGGCGCCCUCUCAUCCUACCUUUCAGCCAUUGUCUCACUCCACACGAUCGCCUCCCUCGGUCUGGCUGACGACCUCUUCGAUAUCCGCUGGCGCCACAAGUUCUUCAUCCCCGCCUUCGCAGCGAUCCCUCUCCUCGUCGUCUACCGCGUCGACUUCGGCGUGACCUCCAUCGUCGUCCCGAUCCACCUCCAGCCCUACCUCGGCCAGCUCGUCGACCUCGGCGCCCUCUACUAUGUCUACAUGGCGGCCGUGGCCAUUUUCUCCCCCAACAGCAUCAACAUUCUGGCCGGCAUCAACGGCAUCGAGGUGACGCAAUCCAUCGUCAUCGCCACGCUGCUCGCGCUCAACGACGCACUCUACCUACUCACGCCCUACCCGCACCCGGCCACCGACUCGCACCUCUUUUCGCUCUCCUUCCUGCUCCCCUUCCUGGGCGUGUCGUGCGCCCUGCUGUACCACAACUGGUACCCGGCGCGGGUGUUUGUCGGCGACACGUACUGCUACUUCGCCGGCAUGGUCUUUGUCGUGGUCAGCAUCCUCGGCCACUUCAGCAAGACGCUGAUCCUGCUGCUGCUCCCGCAGAUCUUCAACUUUGUCUACUCGGCCCCGCAGCUCUUUGGCCUCGUCCCUUGCCCCCGCCACCGCCUGCCCCGCUUCAACGCCCGCUCCGGCCUGCUCGAGCCGAGCGUUACGCCCUGGACCGAGGCCCGCCAGCCGCGCGCCCCGAUUGCCUGGGGGUUGCGCCUGUUGGGGAAGCUGCGGUUGUUGAAGGUUGUGUUGGACGGCGAGGGGCGGUUUGUCGAGACGAGCAAUUUUACGCUGUUGAAUCUGUGGUUGCAACGCAUUCAAGCUGCCAUCGCCGCACUGCGUGCCAACAAGGCCCCCAGCAUACGGCAAGCUGCAAUAGCCUUCAACAUUCCCCUCACAACCCUCCAUGACCGCUUCACUGGCCGCCACGAAUCCAACCGCAAGUCGAAACAGGUCAUGCAGCGACUAUCACUUGCCGAAGAAGAUAUAAUUGUCAAAGCCGCAUGCCAACUCGAUGCGCGGUGA